GGCUGCACCAGUUUGGUAUCAGAGCAACCGUAUGAGCCAAAGUUUGCUGUCGACGAAGGAAGCUUGAAAACUCUUGUUAACUCUGAUUACAUGAGGAGGGAGUUUCGUGGGUCGUUUGCCAAUAGCAUAUAACUGUUCAUAAGGAACCCUCUAGAGAAGAAAUCUUCACGAUCAAUCAACCAUAAACUUCAUUGUGACAGAGAUUCGAGAGCCGUAAUGAGUGUUCGUUGGCACUGGAUUUCUUCAACUACUCCAUAUUUAUGUUAUAAUGUUUGUGUUGAACUGGGAUUCUGAAUUUCAUAUAGGGGUUUCAUGUUUGGCGAUUUAUCUUGCGAGGAUGCGCACCAGGUGUUCGAUAAAAUGCCUCAGUUAGCAGCUUGUUUUACUUCAGGGAUUUUAGUUUUGUUACGCGAGAUUUCAUCAUUCAUGUUGGUUGGAAAGAACUGAAGUGAUUGAGGUGAACGGAAAAUUUCAAUUGUUUAGUCUGCUCGCAGAAAUUUCUCCCGAUGGGAAAGUAUUUGGUAUGAAGCUCGACCAGGGAAUAUCGAGCAAGAAGUUACAACAAGCUUUAGUCACUUAUAUUCAAGUUAUGACGAGCUCGUCAAAGGAAAUUCUAGAAGAUGUUGGAGACCUUUCUUACAUGUUGUGCAAAGUUGAGCUUCAAGAUAGAGAUAAAUUCUCAACUUGGCACAACACGUAAAGAUGGUCUCCAAUGUCUUCUAGAAUUUCCUUUGACGAGUUCACCAUAGCUUGAAUAUAAGUGACUAAAGUUUGUUAUAACUUCUUAGCUCUCGUCCUUGUAAUUGGACCUUAAGGUAUGCAAAAAUGCAAUUUGGGGGUAUUCGAAGAUUUUGCUGGAUCAACAUGAGGAGCUUUUCAGUUUCGCGAAGUGUAAAUGCUUGCAGAGUCGAUACAUCCUUUGUUUCAGAGAUUGGAGAAUGUGUUCAGAGUUCUAAAAACUAUUCAGCUCUCGCCUUUACUGAUGAUGAAAUUGGCAAGGGAACGGAGAAAAGGAAACUGGCCAUGAACCUGGCCUCGCUUGUCGAAGAAUCUCUUGAUGUUGAUAUGAAAACAUCUAAGACUCGAAUGGAACCCGAGAGAUCCCUUGAAAAGGGAACGGAGAAAAGGAAACUGGCCAUGAACCUGGCCUCGCUUGUCGAAGAAUCUAUUGAUGUUGAUAUGAAAACAUCUAAGACUCGAAUGGAACUCGAGAGAUCCCUUGGAAAGGGAAUGGAGAAAAGUAAACUGGCCAUGAACUUGGCCUCGCUUGUCGAAGAAUCUCUCGAUGUUGAUACGAAAACAUCGAAGACUCGAAUGGAACUCAAGAGAUCCCUUGAAAUUCAGAUUAAGAAGAGGGUGAAGGCACAAUAUGUGAACGGGAAGUUCUUGGACUUGAUGGAGAAAGUGGUUGCCUGCCCGAAAACUCUUCAAAACGCAUACAACUGUGUUAGAAUUAACUCAAAUGUUGACGUAACGUCGAAUGAUCAUUUAAUCUCAUUCGAACCUAUGGCUGAAGAGCUUCGUAAUGGUAAUUUUGAUAUCAAUGCCAAUACUUUCUCCAUAUCAAGUUCAAGAAAAGAAGUACUCAUUUUACCAAAGCUAAAGUUGAAGGUUCUUCAGGAGGCCAUUAGGAUUGUUUUGGAGUGUGUUUUUAGGCCACAUUUUUCCAAGAUAUCUCAUGGCUGUCGAAGUGGAAGAGGACACUCAACAGCAUUGAAGUACAUCAAAAAAGAGAUAAAAAAUCCUGAUUGGUGGUUCACAGUCAACUUAAGCAAAAUGAUGGAUGAACUUAUGAUGGCUAAACUCAUUACAGUAAUGAAGGACAAGAUAGAAGAUCCCAAUUUAUUUGCUGUCAUUAGAACUAUAUUUGAUGCUGGAGCACUGAAUUUGGAGUUCGGGGAUUUCCCGAAAGGUCACGGUCUUCCACAAGAGGGCGUUCUGUCUCCUAUAUUAAUGAACAUCUAUCUAAACCUCUUUGAUCAAGAAUUCUUUAGAUUAUCUAUGAAAUAUGAAGCUAUCAAUGAAUAUAGUAAUGCAGGUCAAGGUGGGUCACAAUCAAAGCUGCGGAGCUGGUUUAGAAGACAAUUGAAAGGAAAUGAUUCCGAAUAUCCAGGCGACGAGAAAGGUAACAUAAGAGUAUACUGUUGUCGCUGUAUGGACGAAAUCUUUUUGGCUAUAUCAGGUUCUAAAGAUGUUGCUCUGAGGUUUAGAUCUGAGAUUUUAGAUUUCUUACAGAAUUCUUUGCAUUUGGAUGUUCAUCAUCAAGAGGAGAUGGUACCGUGUCAGGCGACUCACGGAAUUCGUUUUCUUGGUUGUUUGGUUAGAAGAAGUGAGCAGGAAAGUCCUGCUGUAAAAGCUGUUCAUAAGAUGAAAGAAAAGGUUGAGCUAUUUGCUUUUCAAAAGCAGGAGGCUUGGAAUGCUUGGACAGUGUGGUUGGGGAAGAAAUGGCUCGCUCAUGGCUUGAAGAAGGUUAAAGAGUCAGAGAUUAAGCAUUUAGCUGAACAGAGCCCUUCUUUGAAUCAAAUUUCGAGUUUUCGCAAAGCCGGGAUGGAAACCGAUCAUUGGUACAAGGCUUUACUAAAAAUUUGGAUGCAAAAUAUAAACGCAAGAGCUGCAGAGAGUGAAGAAACAAUCUUAUCUAAGCAUGUAGUGGAACCUUCUCUUCCUCAGGAACUUAGAGACUCCUUUUAUGAGUUCCAACGGUGUGUGGAAGAAUAUGUUUCUUCUGAGACAGCUUCUACUAUUGCUCUUUUACCAAAUUAUGAUCCUUCUGUCAAACCGACUUUCGUAACUGAGAUUAUAGCACCGGUCAAUUCCAUCGGAAAACGACUACGGCGAUAUCGGCUACUCACAAAUAAAGGGUAUCCAUGCCCCUCUCCUUUCCUCAUCUUACAAGAUGACACUCAAAUUAUUGACUGGUUUUUCGGAGUAUCUCGUCGUUGGUUUAGAUGGUACACCAAUUGUUCUAACUUCAGUGAGUUGAUCUUAAUUUGUGAUCAAGUUAGGCAAUCUUGUAUCCGCACGCUAGCAGCGAAGCAUCGAAUGCACGAAAGUGACAUAGAAAAGAAGUUUGAGUCAGAACUGAGUAAGAUUUACUCCACCCCUGAUAUAGAACAAGAAGAAGAGAAGAAAUCAUCAGAUACCAAUGGUUUAGACAAUGAUGAGGCAUUGAUGUAUGGAAUUUCAUACAGUGGUUUGUGUUUGCUAUCUCUUGCUAGAAUGGUUAGCCAAUCUCGUCCUUGUAAUUGUUUUGUCAUUGGGUGUUUGAGUCCUGCACCAAGUGUUUAUACUCUUCAUGUCAUGGAGAGACAAAAGUUUCCGGGAUGGAAGACUGGAUUCUCAAGCUCCAUCCACCCGAGCUUGAACAGACGACGAUUCGGGUUAUGCGAGAAACAUUUAAAGGACUUGUAUCUGGGUCACAUUUCAUUGCAAUCUGUUGACUUUGGUGCAUGGAAUGUUAGGAACUACUAAUCCCGCAAUUGUAUGAUAUUGUUCACUUUGAGCAUAAUCUCUGUGGCUUA